GAAAGCAGUUCUCUGGGACCACCUUCUCUUGGCUUCCACCUCUCCCACACUUGACAUCCGAGCAGCUGCGAGGGAAGCUCCUCCAGGUCCCGGUGUUUAUAUGUGCUGGAGACUGGCCGCUAAGGCUCGGGACCAGGAUUAGCCGGCGCUGCUCAAACGCGCGGCUCCUGCUUUGGGAGUGUGUGAGGUAAAGAGUCCUAGGAUUUCCAGUGAAAAAAAGUGACAGGCAGAGCUUGGUGGCCUCUGGGACCUUCGCGAAGUCUUCUGCCUGGAAGCCCGAGACUUGCAUGCCAUGGAACACCCCCUCUUUGGCUGCCUGCGCAGCCCCCACGCCACAGCGCAAGGCUUGCACCCCUUCUCGCAGUCCUCGCUGGCCCUCCACGGAAGAUCUGACCACAUGUCCUACCCCGAACUCUCCACGUCUUCCUCCUCUUGUAUAAUCGCAGGAUACCCCAACGAGGAGGGCAUGUUUGGGAGCCAGCACCACAGGGGCCACCACCACCACCACCACCACCACCAUCACCACCACCAGCAGCAGCAGCACCAGGCUCUGCAGAGCAACUGGCACCUCCCGCAGAUGUCCUCCCCGCCGAGCGCGGCGCGCCACAGCCUGUGCCUGCAGCCCGACUCGGGAGGGCCCCCGGAGCUGGGGAGCAGCCCUCCCGUCCUGUGCUCUAACUCGUCCAGCCUGGGCUCCAGCACCCCGACCGGGGCCGCGUGCGCGCCGGGGGACUAUGGCCGGCAAGCGCUGUCACCCGCGGAGGUGGAGAAGAGAAGCGGCAGCAAAAGGAAAAGCGACAGCUCAGAUUCCCAGGAAGGAAAUUACAAGUCAGAAGUGAACAGCAAACCUAGGAAGGAAAGGACAGCUUUCACCAAAGAGCAAAUCAGAGAACUGGAGGCAGAAUUUGCCCAUCAUAAUUAUCUGACCAGACUGAGAAGAUAUGAAAUAGCAGUGAAUCUAGAUCUCACCGAAAGACAGGUGAAAGUGUGGUUCCAGAACAGGAGGAUGAAGUGGAAGCGGGUCAAAGGAGGACAGCAAGGAGCGGCAGCGCGAGAAAAGGAACUGGUCAAUGUGAAAAAGGGAACGCUUCUCCCUUCAGAGCUGUCGGGGAUAGGUGCAGCCACCCUCCAGCAGACAGGGGACUCGCUAGCCAAUGAUGACAGCCGCGACAGCGACCACAGCUCAGAGCAUGCACACUUAUGAUGCACACAGAGCCCAGCUCCAUUCUCAGGAAAGCACCAUUGUGAUGGCAAGCCUUACCCAAACAUCGUUUACAUGGCAGGUGACUGUGGCAGUGCUGUUUGAUAUAACUAAACGCAGGCAUCUCAAGUCUGUUUCUCAUGAUUGGUAGAAGGUUUACACUAAGUGCCUCUUAUUGAAGAUGUUUCCACGGCGAAUGGAAAAGGCGAGCUUAUUCCAAAUACGUUUGAUCCUGUAUAUGUCAGAGAGGGAAAUGAAUGUUUGCUUUGGCUUGCACUGAAAAUUAAAUUGCUACCAAGAGCAAACUUGAUAAGACGUUUUUAUUCAGGAUGUCUUCAGAGUGAAGAUGCUAAAAAUAAAAAUGCUUUGAACAUUCCAGUUGUGCCAGGUCAUGUCUGUGACAUUGGGCAGGUGUUUGCUUUUGCUUGCACUGAAAAUUAAACUGCUAUCAAGUUAUCCCAUGAAACAGUUUAUCCCAAAUUGCCACAGUGCCUGAAAUCACCAAGUGGAUAGAAAAUGUAUUGAAACGCUGUAUAUAUUACCCCUAAGUCAUUUCCUGUCUUCACUAAUUUUAGCAAAUACGUUCAUAUUAGCUGAUAAGCAUAGGCUCUCCCAUUGAUGACCACAGCCAGCUUCUUGUGUUUUUAUACAUUCUCGUCAGUCAGAGACAAUCAGUAUGUGCUUACCUGUGUUCAAGUAGAGAAAUGCAGUAGAGUCUGAUAGGACGUAUUCUUGUACCACAGACAAAACAAACCUUCUGUUGCAUUUACUAUCAACUGCUGCUGAGACGUUCUCUAACAUACCUAAGCCCCUCAAGCCUCUCUCUCUUAUAGCUUGAAGAACAUUAAGAUCAUAGGCAAAUCAGUUACUUUGCAGAAAGUGUCUUGUGUAGCAGAUGUCUGAUUUUAUAUCUUUAAAUUGUUAAUGUUUGUGGAUGUGAUUUAAUUAACAGGGGAAAAGAUUUCUUCCUCAUUGUUUGUGAUAUGAAACCAAGUGCCAAACAAACCAAGUGCCAAUUCUUCAAGAGGAUAGACGAGAAAUUCCGAAUAUCUGAAAAUUAAGCUCGGCAAAAAUAUUAUUUUUCAUAUGCUAUAUAUUCAUGCAGAACAAGUAUUUGUAUUUUGUAAAAGAAAAGUUAAAUAAAUGAUCCUUCAAAUAA